GUACGGUGAAGGAGAUUCUCGGAACUGCGUUCAGUGUUGGCUGCCAGGUUGAUGGAAGAAGUCCAAAGGAUGUCAGCGAUGACAUUGAGAGUGGAGAGAUCGAGAUUCCGGACGAGUAAAUGAAUACUAACGUCUUUCUUUGCAAAUUGUAUCUUGGGCUCCAUACUUCGCAAUAGGGUUUGCAAGCAAUGGCAUCGAUCCACAAUCCAGUCUCUGUCUUUUCUGCAACAUCUGGUCCUCGUGUUCCAGCGAUAUCCACUCCCCCCCACAUCCCCCCUCAUCCCCCCCUUCCCCGACCCCUUGCCAAACACUCUGGCCCUUACCUCCUUUCCCUUGUGGAUCGGUUCAAUCUGUGGUAUAGGCCUAUUUUUGGAGCAAGGAGAUUGAAUCUCGUCCGAUUACUCACCGCCGCAUCCUGUCCUUCGGGCGUGGAUGCAGAGGUCCAUAUCUUUCUGGUCAACAUUCUCUCAAAUGUGAUAGUGAUCUUUUCUCUCCCCUCUUCACUCUUCCUUUUUACUCAAAGCAGGUGUCCCAUGCCUACGGAGCAGGUAGGUUCAUAUUGGGGUCGGUGGAGCAGGUGUGGUGGCAUGUGUCAGACCGUUGAAUGUUCCCUGCACGAAUAUUACUAUAACUGCAGGGGUGCUGUAGCUAUACUUACUCGUACAGUAUUUUCGUUGGGGAAAUAUGGAGUAUUCUUCGACACUUUGACAAUUGUAGCCCGAUUUCAAUAUACUUGUUAUUGCCAUAUAUAUCACCAACUUAUUGCGAGAACUUUCCAGAUAAAUCUGUGAUAAAUCGGUGACAGAAAAUGGCUGGGAAAUCCAGUCAAUGCGUGCGAGCUGGCAAAGCGUACAAGGGGUCUUGUCAUCACAGGGAAUAAUAUGUGCAUGUUGCUGGCAAUCGAAGUGGAAGCGCCCUCGCGUCCCUUGGCUG